UGAUGCGUAAAACGGUGCCAUAAAACCACACACUGAUCCGCAGUCAGUACAUUUAGCACCAUCUCUAAUCUUCCAUCGCUGGAGUGCGCUGUCCUCGGUACAGAGGGAAUCGAGAGGACGUGUUGAUGACUUAGCCUUCCAAGGCUAAAUAAGAAGGCAUCCUGGAAGAAGCGGGUGAACCGAAGAUCCCUACGCAGCAUGGAUUCUAUGUAACUCCGGCAAAAUGUAAUGAGGAGAUGACUCCGGGAGAGAAAGAUCAACAGGGUACCAACCGUAUAGUGUUGGUCAAGAAAAUUAUCAUGAAAGAUGGGCCCACGCCGGGCCAUGGCAUUGGCAGACCCAGUGUCUCCCAUGCUGUUGUGGUCAUCUUCCUGGAGUUCUUUGCCUGGGGUCUCCUCACCACUCCCAUGCUGACAGUUUUACAUGAAACGUUUCCACAGCACACAUUUCUGAUGAAUGGCCUUAUUCAAGGUGUGAAGGGUCUCCUGUCCUUCAUGAGCGCCCCUCUGAUUGGUGCCCUGUCAGAUGUGUGGGGCAGGCGGUCCUUCCUAUUGGUCACUGUGUUCUUCACCUGCGCCCCCAUCCCGCUCAUGAGACUCAGUCCCUGGUGGUACUUUGCAGCGAUUUCCAUGUCAGGGGCUUUCUCUGUCACCUUCUCUGUCAUCUUUGCUUAUGUCUCUGAUGUCACUGAGGAGCAUGAAAGAAGCACAGCAUACGGACUGGUAUCGGCUACGUUUGCAGCCAGCCUGGUGACGAGUCCGGCCAUCGGGGCGUACCUGUCCGCGUGUUACGGUGACAACCUGGUGGUGUUGGUGGCUACGCUGGUGGCUCUGGCAGACAUCUGCUUCAUCCUGCUGGCCGUGCCUGAGUCCCUACCAGAGAAGAUGAGACUCAACACCUGGGGAGCACCUAUCACCUGGGAGCAGGCAGACCCCUUCCAGUCGAUGAGGAAAGUGGGAAAGGAUCCCACAGUUCUUCUCAUCUGUAUAACCGUGUUCCUGUCCUACCUACCUGAGGCUGGUCAAUACUCCAGCUUCUUCCUAUAUCUUAGACAGGUCAUUAACUUUUCAUCGGCAACAAUCGCAGUGUUCAUCGGGGUGGUUGGGAUCCUCUCCAUCAUAGCUCAGACACUUAUUCUGACAGUCUUGAUGAGAACUAUUGGAAACAAGAACACGGUCCUUCUGGGCCUGGGCUUCCAGAUUCUACAGCUGGCCUGGUAUGGCUUUGGGUCAGAACCAUGGAUGAUGUGGGCUGCAGGUGCAGUAGCAGCCAUGUCUAGUAUCACCUUUCCUGCAGUGAGCGCCCUGGUGUCUCGCAGUGCAGACCCAGAUAAGCAAGGUCUGGUUCAGGGGAUGAUCACUGGUAUCCGAGGCCUGUGUAACGGUCUGGGCCCGGCACUGUACGGACUUAUCUUCUUCAUGUUUAACGUAGAGCUGAACACAAUCGAUCCCAUCCAGGGAGAGUACCCCAUCGACCCUUUACCUAUUAACCCCCCGACUGAGAAAUCCUUGAUCCCCGGCCCUCCCUUCCUGCUGGGCUCAUGCACGGUGGUGGUGGCCUUCCUGGUUGCCUUGUUUAUCCCUGAGAACACCGAACCUCCGGUGGUGACCUGCGCUGACGCCAAGGAUACCUCCAUGCUAGCCGGCGUCCACAUCAACACCCCGUUACCGGGCAGCGACGAGGACACGCCAGCGCUGACCAGCGACGAGGACUUUGAGCCCCUCCUGCAGGACAGCGUUGUGUGACUGAGGGAGGGCAGCAGGUGGCUCCUGCAGAACAGAAUCGUGUGACUGAGGGAGGAUGGAGGGCAGCAGGCGGCUUUGGUAUUAUUACACCCAGCUACGGGUACCACGCCCCCCAUGUAGCCUACGUAUCCCCAACGGAGAAGAGGGAGAGAGGCCUAGCUAACAAACCUCAAUAUUGUGUGCAACUCUGCACUGCACAACCAACCGGUCCCCGCCCCUGUCCCAUAGGAACUAGUAUUUUCUUUUAGGAGGAUUGGAUUUGCUGUUUAUGAUGUGAUCUUACAGGGGAUGUUUUUUUGGUUUUUACCUCUAGGACUCUAAGUUUUAAUUCUGAAGGGAGCGAUAGCGAAGAUGGCGGACCCAGCGGGCAAAACUGGUUACUGGUUGGUAUCUGGUGCCAUUUCAACCAGAUUUGCCCGCUGGGGAGAUUGAGUUGUUCAGUAGAGGUAGAAGGGAAAGAGCUUGCUGUGCCCGGAAUUUGAUUGCUUUAACGAAUCUUCAAGCUCAGCAUUUACUGUAGUCCUCACCUAAUGGUACCUCAAUACAAGGAGGCUUGAACCGAAUCUGUGAAGUGCAAGGAGAUAUGUGCCAGUAGUCAGUCAACAACACUUAAAAUAUUUACUUAGAAGACUUGUUCACUACGAGCAGCCAUAAGAUUACGACAUUAUAAAAGGGAUGAGAUAUAUACUGUAAGUCCGAUAUUUCAUGGGAGCUUCUGUUCACAAGCCUUACAACAACUCAUAUCAUUCAGAGAGCAGUUAUCAUAUCAUUGUCUUAUAACUGGUGGGGAAACAUGGGAGAUUAGGAUGGGAUAUAGGAUAUUUGACAUAGGAAGAUUAGAUCUUGGUGUAAUUUUUACUCCCAAGAUCUCAACUUCUCACUUUAUUGUGCAGAGUUUUGGUACUUGAACCACUGGUCCUAGAGUAACUGCUAAAAGUGUUCCUGUAUAUUGAGAACAUGGAACUAUUUAAGAUAUUCACUGGAUGUGGCAUCCUGUCAGUAGGAGGCAGUGCUGAGGUGUGGAUGAUGCCAUUAGGUUAUGGUUGUCAUGGUUUUAUGCAGUGCUCUGCAGUUUCUGUUCAGUCUGCAAAAUCUUGAUUGCUACUGUACUAAAAAGGGUUUUUAUCUUAAAAUAUAUGAUGUAUUUUAUUUAUAUUAUCCAUACUGUAAAAAUAAUAUUGCUAACGUUCUGCAACAUAUUGACAGAAAUGUCUAGGCUACUCUGGUAGUAAUAAUAAUGUAUUUAACUUAGAGGAACAAGUUGUUACUGGUUCUUUUUGUAAUUUUUGGGCGAAUUUUUUUAAAUCUUUUUUUUUAAGUAUAACCUUAUCCUGAAAUAUAUUUUGGGGGUGGACAUUUUUUUUUGGGGGGGGGGAGGUGACAAAAUCAUGACUUUCAAUCAUUUUUUUUUUUCUUUCACUAAAUAUGUCCCAGUGUUGCAAGCUACCUCAGCUUUAAAAAUUACUUAUUUUGAAGUCUGAUUUUAACGUGGUUUAACCAUCAUCUGCAAAAUCAUCGUUAGCUCAAAUAGUUUUCACCCCCCAAGAGUCAAACUUAGCUAACCCGGGGUUUAUAAAAUAUAAAUUAAGAGAAAGCAAUUUGACCUGAUCAAAUCCAUUAGGGGCACAUUUUUAUUGUACAUAAUGAUUAUUUUCUGUGAGGUUGUCACAAUGUGUAAAUGUUCAUAUUUUAUAUGUACAUACUGUAUUGAAUUAAAGGUAUUAGCCUGUAUACCUACAGGUUACGCUUUUAAAACUAAUAUUUACCCCUCAUGAACAACAACGCCAAGUUGUUUUCCCUAAUGUGAAUGAGGAAGUAGUUUGUCUAGACCUACAGCUGUAUGUAAAGGUACUCAAUACCCAUGUCAAGUUGAGUAUGUACUGAAGGAGAUUCCUGUUUGGAUGCAUAAUGCAUGAAUAGUGACUAGCUGUCCAUGGAUCUUUUUAAGAGUAUAGUAUUAGAAAGCUCACAAAAUGUGUUGUACCUGAAUGUGAACUUUUAAAAGUAUUUAUAUUCCUCAAAAAGUGGCUAUGGGGACAGAAAGACACAGCUACACAUGUCUUCCUGUCUGUCCCUGAAAUGAAACAAUAAACAAUAUAUUAGGUAUACAGUUGAUUGGUUAUUGGUUGUGCUCAGACAGAGAUUGUGAGUGCUUCUGCUUUCCCCUGACGGUUUGCCAGUCAUUUCCUUGUUCUCUAAGGUACAUGUACGCAGGUUCCUAUCAGCGAGGGAAAUGAUUGAAGUGAGCAGGAGAAGGUAAAGCUUCCUAUCUGUCACCUCCAACCCCAAUCCUGUUGUGAAGUAUUUUGACCAAGAAUCCAUAAAUUGAUGUCAGAAGGUCAACAGCUACUUUCGUCAGUGACUGUUGUUGAAUUUCCUCCAGUGUUAUAUUGUACCCGCCUGUAAGAGUAAAAAGGAAUUAUUAUUAUUAUUAUUAUUAUAAAUUCUAUGAUGAAGACUAUUGUAUUGUAUAUGUUAUGGAAAAGUAUAUCGGAAUGGUUACAAUACAUAUCUCUAGGACUGCUAUAUUUUGGGAACACGUUUAGAAAUUCAUUGCCCACAAAUCUGAAAUGCACCCCAUGAAGUAUUUUUCUUAUUUUGUGUAACAUGAUGAUGAUUUUGUUAUCAUAGUUGCACAUCAACUUCAUAGUUGUGUUUGUAUGAUGAUGAUUUAUAACUGAGACAACAUAUUCCACCAUGUGCUCUUUAUGUCUGUAUCUACACCCAGCAUCUUUGAGAGGAUUAUUAUACAAACGUGCCUAACAAGUGAACAUGUUCAUUUCUGAAGAUAAGACAAAUGACUAUAGCUUUGUCUCAAACUGGCACCCUAUUCCCUUAUUAGUGCACUCCUUUUGACCAGGGCCCCAUCGGGCUCUGGUCAAAACUAUUACACUAUAUAGAGAAUAGGGUGCCAUUUGGGAUGCAGCCUAACGGUGUACAUGAAGUGGAAGUUAUUGCUCAUGAUAACCCAAACAAAUGAAAUAUAAACGGGCUAUGUAUAUAUACCUCUUAAGUCUUGUCUUGGGAAAAAAGGAAAAAGGUUGAAUUGUAAUAAUAAAAAAACAUGACCUAAGUCAAGUAAUGUAACCUA